GUGGCGCCGCCGGCCCCAUGCAUCAGCAGCAGCAAAACAGCAAGUCUGGGUAUUACCAGGGGCGGCAUCAGGAGCCGCAGCCAAUCGAGAAGGAGAGUUAUCAGCAUCACAACGAAUGGCGGUGGGAUAGAGAUGGCGGUCAGGAUAAAUUGCCUCAAACUGCUAUGUCUCCUACAGCGCCUUUCUCUGAUGGUCAAGGACAUGAAGGACCCAGAUCCUAUUACCAAAGCCAGAGGCUUGAUCCGCGGAUGCCGUUAGAGAAACAAGGUGGCGGAGAUCCCAGAUCUCAAGCUCAUGAAGAGGAUAUGGACAUAGGGUAUGAAGAUAAUCAUGUGCUGCAGACUUUUGAAGGCCUCGAACAGAGAUUUCUUGAUGACAUCCUGAAACUGAGCAAGGAACAAAUUGAUGCAGAGGAUGCUGAAAAUGCUAGGCAUAGGGAGAGAAUACAUUUAAUCAACGCACAAUAUGAAGAGCAGUUAGGUGCACUUCGAGCCCGGCAUGCCAGCCAGAGAGAAGAGUUUCUUCGGAUGGAAUCUCAAGCAAGACACCAGCAGUAUCAGCAGAUUACUAUGGAACAACAUCCAAAUAGUGGCAUGGGCCCCAACGAUCCACCUAGGGGUUAUAAUGCAGGGAGUCCACCUACAGGAGAACCACACCGGGCGUACAAUUCCGAUUACUACGACUCCUACAGAGAACGAGGUCGAUUCCCUGGAAAUUCUAGAGAUCACGGAUUUGAGCCUAAAGUUCCAUACCCUAGAGGCCGUGCUUACAACUCUGGAUCACGGUAUUAUUAAUUUUAACUUGUUAGUCUAGAAUUGCAUCCAUGGCUCUCUCUGGAGUCUUCAGUCUGAUGAGGUCAAGUUGCUGCUGGUUAGGCCACUACAUCGACGUGCCCUUUUUCAGUUCUUUGACUGUAUGUUUAUUUACCGUUUCUUGACUAUAUGGCUGAGUGUUAUAUGUUUUGUAAUGUGCUCUAUUUUCCAGAAAUAGGAUAGUCUUUCAGCUAUUCUCCUCAGAUUUUUCCCUGGCUGAUGUGGACUAUGUAAAACCUUGUACCAAACAAUGAGGGUUGAGAAGGGAGUUGCAGAAGAAAUGCCAGGUGAACUGAUGCUUCUAUCAAUCAUUGUAUUUUUCUACUUCCAUGUUUCUUGUGGUCCGAAUACAAGCUUUAUAUAUAGAAGAAAAGUUUAUUAACAGGGUGGGGUUUACCUCGUAGUUUUCUGUGCUGUCAAAUUUCAGUUUAAGUUCCAACCAUCAAGGCUAAUUCACUGCUUUCAGCCACAUACUGCCCUUGAUGUACUGCCCUUGAUGAACUGAUCAGAUUUGCCCUCAUGUUAUCUGUCAUAAGGAAGAUCUGCCUUGUCUUACUGCA